AUGGUGAGUUGUGCCAUGUUAUAUGGAUCUGAUGAUGGUAGCAGCUCCACAGCUUCCAAGUAUGGAGGUGUGAAGAAAAAUGAACCAGUAACUCUUACUGAGCUGAACAACUACGUUCUUAACUCUCCACCACAGACUGCAAAGUUUCUUUGCACUGUCGAGGUUGGAGACAUUGACACCACUAAUGGAUGUUGCUACUGCUCCUACUCUAAAUGCUACCUAAAACUGCAGCGUGGAUUCACGUCUUUCACAGUUUCACAUUAG